GCCCGCCCAUUUAGAAUCUUUCAUUACUCUGAAAAAGAGAAAGUAACAAUGCUUCAGCUGGAGAUCAAUGGAUCCACAUGAAUGGAACCUUUAAAUAUAUAAAUCAAUAGCUGCAGGACAAGAGCCAAAUGCCGGAAGGGCACACUAAUUUCUGCAAAAUUGGUAUCUUAUGUUCUACUUGAAUUGGCAGAUUUCAGCUUCCUCAUGCCUCCUUCUCCUUUAGACGACAGGGUUAUUGUAGCACUUGCAAGACCAGUAAGACCCCAGGAUCUGAAUCUUUGUUUAGGUUCUGCCUAUCUUGAUCCCACCUCUUUGGACAACUGUAAAUCUCUCCUCAGCACAAGUGUAGUGUGUCUAAACUCUGCUAAUCUGACGUAUAUGCCCUCAUCUACUGGAUCUGCACGCUCUCUGGGUUGUGGAUGCAGCAGCGCAAGUUGCUGCACUUUGGCAGCGUACGAAAAAGACAGUCAAACCCAAAGUCAGGCAAUAAGCAGUACUACAAUUUCCAGCACUAUUGCAGGAGGUUCAACCACUUACCCACCAAACCAAAUGGUCAAUAAUAAUGAAAAUUCUGGCACUCUGAGUCCAUCUGGUGGUGUGGGAAGCCCAGUUUCAGGUGCUUCAAAGCAGUUUGCCAAUGUAAAAAUCAUUUAUCCUAAUGAUUUGGCCAAGAAGAUAGCAAAAUGUAGCAAAACACACUUACUGAACCAAGGGCCUGUAAUCAUUGACUGCAGACCCUUUAUGGAGUAUAACAAAAGUCACAUUCAAGGAGCUGUUCAUAUUAAUUGUUCAGAUAAAAUCAGCAGGCGAAGGCUUCAACAGGGCAAGAUAACUGUUUUGGAUUUGAUAUCCUGCAGAGAAGGCAAGGACACUUUCAAGAGGAUCUUUUCCAAAGAGAUAAUAGUUUAUGAUGAUAAUACCAAUGAACCCAGCCGAGUAAUGCCUUCCCAACCACUCCACACUGUCUUAGAGUCCCUGAAAAGAGAAGGAAAAGAGCCCAUGGUUUUGAAAGGUGGGCUCAGCAGUUUUAAGCAGAACCAUGAAAACCUCUGCGAUAACUCCCUUCAACUUCAGGACUGUUCAGAUGGAGGUGGAGCUUCAAUGGUGCAAAUUUCACUACCUCAGUCCUUCCCCAUGACUCCAGAUAUUGAGAAUGCAGAGUUGACCCCUAUUUUACCCUUGCUCUUCCUUGGAAAUGAAAAUGAUGCCCAAAAUUUGGAAAAAAUGCAAAGGAUGAACAUAGGCUUUAUAGUCAAUGUCACAACGCACCUCCCUCUUUAUCAUUAUGAGAAAGGAAUCUUUAAUUACAAACGAUUACCAGCAACAGACAGCAAUAAACAGAAUCUCAGGCAAUACUUUGAAGAAGCAUUUGAGUUUAUAGAGGAAGCUCAUCAGUGCGGAAAAGGGCUUCUUAUUCAUUGCCAGGCAGGAGUUUCCCGCUCUGCCACCAUUGUGAUUGCUUACCUGAUGAAGCACACAAGAAUGACAAUGACCGAUGCCUAUAAGUUUGUCAAAGGAAAACGACCAAUUAUUUCUCCCAACCUGAACUUUAUGGGGCAGUUGUUGGAGUUUGAAGAAGACUUAAAUAAUGGAAUUACCCCACGAAUUCUAACACCAAAACUAAUUGGAGUGGAAACUGUGGUGUAGGCAAAAUUCUUUGCAAUAGUUAUCAGCACUUCUUCAGAAAACAUGAAAUCCUAUAUUUAUAUUGGAUAUAAUAAAACUGUAUAUGAAACAAGAAAAACAAACCAUUUUUUACAUUAAAUAUGGUUGAGUUUGUUGGAUGUCUUCCUGAUGUUUUCAUAGAGAGAAUUUCAAGUCUAAAAGUUCUUGGAAGAAAAAAAAAAGAGCUAUUAGUAUACUAUAAAUCCCACAAUGCAUAGUCUGUGCAGGUUCACAGGCUGAGAGAGGUACCUAUAAGAUAUGUCCGAACUUGGAAGACCGUGACUCCAAAUAUAUUGACUCAAGUGUAAUGAACAAUAAAAUAAGAUUUGCCAUUAACACAAAAUGACAAAGCUAAUGGUAAAAACAUCUAAACUGUUAAUUAUGGGUGUGUUAUGUUAAAUUUUUGUUAUUGGGUUGAUAAUAUUUCGUCAACAAAGAAUUUGACCAUCACAAGCCCGCAGUGGCUUUUUGUGCAAUAAUUUCAUUUUGAGUGUGAGAUUUGUUAGUUGAUUGAAUGGUGAUCUGUGCCAGCACUAAAAAUGAAGGCAUAAACAAAAGCAAUUACUUUUUCUUUUUCAUUUGAUUCAUGUUAUGGUGCCAUAAAUCUUGUUAAAUAUGUAUAUCAGAAUGUAAAAAAAAAAUAAGAGGUUUUAUUUUAACUAUUUUUUGCAUAAAAUAUAGGAGUGUUUCUGUUGUCUAAGUAGAAUGUCCAUUUGACUAUAAAACUGAUAAAAAAAAAGUUUUUUGAAAA